AUGAAUAAUUGCAGAAACGUGACUUAUAAAGCUUCUACUGAUUUUCUAGAGUCUGGUUGUCAUAUUGGUUCAAUAUGUAUGUUUACUUUUUCUAGUUACACUUUAUUUUUAAUCUAUAAAAAGUCAUCAGAAGCGAUGAAAUCAAGUGUUCCGUAUAUGAUACAUUUGCAUCUUUGGACAAUGUUUUGUGAUUUGACAUGGGCAGUUAUAGUUCUGCCAAUGUUUUUUAUGCCAGUCAUAGCAGCACAUGCUUCUGGGUUAUUGUUAUAUGUCACGAAGGAUCCAAUUGCUUUAAUGUGGCUGCCAUUUGCGUCCACAGGAGGGAUGCUGGGUGCAAUGGUAAAUCUAUUCGAGCAUCGCCAUCAAGCAAUCGUUACCAAUAGCAGAUUUGUCAUGAGACGAAAAUGGACUCGUCGGAUAUAUUACACUAUUUUCUAUACCCAACUCAUUAAUUUCGGGCUUCCAGAAAUACUUACCGUACCUGACGAUCAAGUGAAAGCUAAACAAGAUGCUUUUCAAAAGUUUCCAUGUCUUCCUCCAAUAUUUUUCGAAGACACCUCUGCUGUAAUUCAAGAAAAUGCAAGACUUUUCAAUCCACACAUGUAUAUCGCUUGCGCUUUGCUGACUUCUAUGAUAUGGUUCUAUUGUUCACAUAUAGCAUGGCACCUAUUACCAAAGAACAACCCAUCAAUGUCAAGUGGAACUCGGAAGAUGCUUAAGAACUUCUUUAUAUCUAUGUGUAUUCAAGUGGCCAUUCCUACUUUUGUGGUUCAACUCCCGAAUAUUUAUUGGUAUAUAUCGAUUAACUCUGAGUUUUAUUCCCAGGAACUGAAUAAUAUAAGUAUUAUUCUAUUCACACUUCAUGGUACAUCUUCUUCAAUUGCAACUAUCUUCAUCUACAAGCCAUAUAGAGUUUACACAAAGAGGUUGUUAUUACACAAGAUUCUAAGACUACCGGAGCCCAAACCAAUUUCUACUUUGGCGAGUAUACCCAAUAGAAGUGUUGGGAUAGCUACAUUGCAAUAAAUAAUGCAAUUGUAUAAUUGAAAUAUAUUAUUAUUAUUUUGCAUAUGAUUUUGCAUAUGUUGAAAGCUUUUAAACUAGAUUUUUGCAUUUUCCACUUUAUAAAGGUCUCCCUAAAUUGUUGUUUU